UACUCCCUGGGCGGGCGGCUCUAAGGGAUCUAGGGGGCUGACGGGCCCUGUCCCCAGAGUUCGACCAGCGGUCGCGUCAGGGCUUGCCGGCGCGUGGCCUCCUCCUCCGCCCCAAGCAGUAGGCGCCGCCGCCUGCCUGGAGGGUUGGGGAGGGACCCGGGUGAGCCGAAGCGCGUUGGCUGUGAGGGUGUUGGUCCUGAGCGAACUUCGCGCUUCAGAACGGGCGGGAAGAGUGGCUCCUCGAAUCUGCUCGUGACGAGUAAUACGACCCCCGCCUCAGGCGUAUUUUGUAAUGCGACUUGGCAGUCCUGUGAAAACCUCCACUUUUUGGAUUUUUGGUGUAUCCAAGAUGAAUGACAGCCUAUUUGUCAGUUUGGACAGACUUUUGCUAGAAUUUGUCACUGUUUUUUUUUUAGUUUUCCAGUAUGAGCAAGAUAUAAGUACUAAAGAAGAUAUUCUUCAACGAAUUAAUAAAUGCUUUGAAGAUAUUAAAGAAAACAAGGCAACUAUUUGUAAGAUACAUGAAACUAUAAAUACAAUAGAUGAGGAAAUUGGUCAUUACUGUAAACGUAGUAAGGAGAUCAAAGACAACUGUAGUAACUGGAAGCCAACAUGUGAUGUUUUUCAUAAGCAUGAAGACUAUAUGCAGGACCAAUUUACUAUUUACCAAGAAACUAUUGAAAAAGACAAAAAAAUGUACCAUGGUUAUAUAUGUCAGUAUAAAGAUGUUUUGAAGCAAUAUCAGUUAAAAUACUCAGAAACAUCCCUUUCACAUGAAUAUUAUGAGAAGAAAAGAGAACACGAAGAAAUUCAAAAUAGAGUGUUGGCAUGUACUGAACAACUAAAAAUGAAUGAAUCUAUCUUCAUGGAAUUUCUAGUGCCUGCUCCUUUUCCAUCACUUGCUAAAUGGACAUUACAUAUGGCUAAUGUGAGAUGUAAAACACAAGAUAUUCUUAAACAUGCCAGCAAUUAUUCCAAAAGUUCAUCUGAAUUGAAGGAAGAAGUAGAUGAAGUGGAAAUAGAAAUUAAUUAUUUAAACCAGCAUAUUGCAAGACUCCAUGAAACUAAGAAUCUUGCAGAAACUCUGGAAGAAAAAAAUAAAAAUAUAGAAAAGAUAAAGGAUUUGAAAGAAAGGUAUAGACUUUUUGAAAAAGAACAACCUGCACUUACAUUGAAUAAAACCCCUCAAGACAGUCAAUUAUUUCUUCCACAUGAAUCUCAGAAAUUAGACAGACUAAUGAAGAUGCAUUCUUCAGAACCAAGAGUUAUAGAUAAAAAAGAAGAAAGUUCCGUGAAGCAGGCAAAGCUUGCCAAUAUUGACUUUAGACAGAAGGAAAACAACAUGCAGGUACUUAAUGACUCUACUCUGAAUAACCAUUCAAAAUGCUCAAAUUCUGUGGCUAUUAAAAAUUCACAAAAUAUGAUGCAUUUCAGAUUGUUAACCCCACAGAAGCAAUCAAAUUGCAGUCAAUGGUUUGAAAAAGGAGAUACAGAUGCUGAGUGUGAAGACAAAGGUACAGUAAGACAAUUGAGAGAAUCAAAAUGUACUUCACAAGUUUUAUGUGCAGAACAUUUUGGGAAACCAAUAGAAAAUAAUAGUGAUGAAGUAGAAGAAAGGGCUGAGAAUUUUCUACAAACUCCUGAAAUUCCUUUAUUUUUAAGAAACACUGAAGCUGUGAAAACACCUGAAUCUUUGGAGAAAUUAUUGUUUCCUAAAACCCCUUCUUUUGAAAUAAAUAGAAAUAUAAUGCCUGAAGGUCAAACACAAAAGGAAUCCCCUGGAUUUUCUUUUCUUACGAAUUAUACUUCUAGAUCUCCUGGAUUGAACUUAUUUGAUUCUACUAUAUUUGAUUCAGAAAUCUCAUCAGAUCAGUUUAAUGAACAUUAUUCUGCAGGAAAUUUAAAUCCUCUCUCAUCACAACAAGAAAUUGGAAACUUAUUUGGGAAACCAGAAGGAGAAGAUGGCUUCACAUUUUCUUUUUCAUCAGACUCUUCAACUCACACAUUUGGAACUGGAAAAGAUUAUUUUAGUUUUCCAUUUUCAUUUGAACAGGAUCAAAACUCAACACCUUCUUCUGUAAAAGGUUUUUCAUCUUCCUCACAAAAUACAACACAAUUUUUUUUUUGAGCUGAUUACUAAUUUCUCAAAUUAUUUCACUGCUCUGUAAUCAUCUAGGGCAUAAAUUUACAUUAUUACUUAAAAAAUGAAGACUACUUUCUUUUGUUGAUUAAAGCAGUAAUGGGUUACCAUAGUUACGUUAUUUGAUUAUUUGAUUUAAAUAUUGAGGAAAAUUAACCCUAUGUCAUCAAAUUUUGUUUUAUUUGAAGCAUUUUCUGUCAUUUAUUUUGGUUUUGAUUUUGGAAGCUGUAUUUAGGCAGAAUUAAUCUUAAUAGAAUUUGAUGCUUUUUCAUUAAUCUUUACUAUAAAUAUUAAGCCUGCUUCUCCCCAGAACCUAAGUUUCAUUCUGGUAGUAUUUUAGGUGCUUUGACAAGAACCUGAAAUUUAGGCCACCAGAAGACCUUGUAGCAGUAACUAUGCAGAAUUAGCUGAGGUGUACUUUGUACUUUAGCUACUAAAAAAUUCUUUUAAAACUACUGUUUCACUUAUGCUUCACUGUUGCGGUAUAAAGAGCGGUGCUUUAAUAAUCUCACAGAACUCAUGUUAGUGAUAGUGAAUAAAAUGUGUUAUUUUCUUCUAAUACAACAAAUAAUAAAAUUAUAAUUUUGUCAGUUAUUCUAAUAUUUUUAAUGGAAAGAAAUUAAAUGUGAAGGGCUAGAGUAAUUUCUGAAAGAUUGUUAUAUGAAUGAUAAUACUGUUAUAUUUUCUUGCUUAAACUUUUUUGAAGAACAUUUAAAAUUUUGUUUUCUGUUUCUAACAAAAAAAUUGGCCUUCAUGUUUUAUAUGCAGUAUUUGCUUGUGAGUUACGUAGGUUAAAUGAAGAUGUUUAAAUUUUGAUGAAAUUAUAUAAACAUAUUACUCAAUGUCUUUAU